CUCGACUCCCACAUCCUUCUUUUGCUGAGCAUCCAAGAAAUAUUUUCACAUCCAUUCCUAAUAGUACCAAUUGCCAUAUUAACCUCGAUUUAUUGAGGAAGGUACGUGUUAUUCAACGAAAAACUGAGCCAACAAGACUAAAAAAAAAAAAAAAUCAUGUACGUUUAAUUGUACCCUGAAGGACCAUCCCGGAAAUCACACCGCUAUUGGUUACCUUGACACAUCACUGGUUUAAAAAAAUGGCGACCAUAAUCACCCAGGGAAGGAAUUCAAAAAUCUCUCAACUUUGAUUUUAACGAUCCAAGUGGCAGCGGAUUUAUUUUGUCAAUCUCCGGGGAAGCAAUAUUUGCUCUCCAUCGUGGCCGAGGAGAAGGCGCCGUGCAACGUGAGUCGCGGUCGGCUCGAUUGUGUCUUUUUUCUCUCUCUCUCUCGCCAACAGCUGUUUUCAACCCUUGAAGCAGCUCGCCUUGUUUACAACAGCUCGGCCGCUCCGCUAACUCGCUGCCACGAAGCUCGCCGCACGCUUUCGCUCUAAACGGCAUUUCGGCGGAAGGAAGCCGCCCGUAGCCAAACGACAAGCCAUUGGCCGUCGCCGCUCGCUCCUGUUUAUUUCGAAGUUUGCGCCCAUCAUUUCUCCAUGUUGUCCGUCUGCGCAGUGUGACGAUGGAGUGCAUGUUCAUCAUGAACCGGAUGGGCUCCGCGGGGAGCUCGGCUGCGGCCCAGCGGAGGCGGAUGGCCCUGGGGGUGGUCAUCCUCCUGCUGGUGGACGUCAUCUGGGUGGCCUCCUCCGAGCUGACAGCAUACAUUUUCCGGCAACAGGAGUACAACAAGCCCUUCUUCAGCACCUUCGCCAAGACGUCCAUGUUUGUGCUCUACCUGCUGGGGUUCCUGCUGUGGCGGCCCUGGAGACGGCAGUGCACCGGCUCGCUCAAGCGUCGACGCGCUUCGCUUGUACGCACGUUUGCCGAUGCGGAAGCCUACUUUGCUCCUUGCGCCAACGACGCCCCCGUCAACAACCGCUUGAGCGAGCCGCUGUACGUGCCCGUCAAGUUUCAGGACGUCCCCGCCGAUCCGGCCAACUGUUUGAUGGACGCAUCUCGCAAAGCCGCGGCUUGUAAAAAGCAGCGGGUGCGUUUCAGCAACAUCAUGGAGGUGCGCCAGCUGCCCUCCACGCAAGCGCUGGAGGCCAAACUGUCCCGCAUGUCCUACCCGGCCGCCAAGGACCACGAGGCGGCGCUGCGCACGGCCGGCAAGCUGACCGUCGCCGACGUGGCCAAGAUCAGCUUCUUUUUCUGCUUUGUGUGGUUCCUGGCCAACCUGUCCUAUCAGGAAGCGCUCUCCGCCAGACAAGUGGCCAUCGUCAACGUUUUGUCAUCCACGUCAGGCAUGUUCACGCUCAUCCUGGCCGCCGUAUUUCCCAGCAGCAGCAGCGACCGCUUCACUCUGUCCAAGUUGUUUGCGGUGGCGCUCAGCAUGGGAGGCGUGGCCACGGUGAGCCUGUCCGGCACGGAGCGUCCCGACGAGCAAGGCACCGUGGGCUCCUUGUGGUCCCUGGCCGGCGCCGUCCUCUACGCCGUCUACGUGGUGAUGAUCAAGAGAUGGGUGGAUCGGGAGGACAAGCUGGACAUUCCCAUGUUCUUCGGUUUUGUGGGUCUGUUCAACCUGCUGCUGCUGUGGCCGGGCUUCCUGCUGCUUCACUACACGGGCUUCGAGGCCUUCGAGCUGCCCAGCCAGCUGGUUUGGGCCUACAUCCUCGUCAACGGCCUCAUCGGCACCGUGCUCUCCGAGUUCCUCUGGCUCUGGGGCUGCUUCCUCACGUCGUCGCUCAUCGGGACCCUGGCCCUCAGCCUCACCAUCCCGCUCUCCAUUCUGGCCGACAUCUUCAUGCAGAAGGUGCGUUUCUCGUGGACGUUUUUUGCCGGGGCGGUGCCCGUCUUCCUCUCGUUCUUCAUCACCACGCUGCUGUGCCACUACAACAACUGGGAUCCCGUCAUGGUGGGGCUGAGGAGGCUCUACGCCUUUGUUUUUAGACGACAUCGUGCUCAGAGGCUCCCCGAUGACCAGGAGCUGUGUGAAAGCCUUCUACCGUUACACGCCGUCUCCCUGAACCAAGGAAGCUCAUGAUCUGCGCUUCAAGUGUCCAAGAGAUCUGAGGGACAGAGAGACUCAGCCCCCCCCCCCCCCCCCCCCCCGUGCCUCCUAUAUGAAUGCUCCGCUUGCUUGGGCGUGGUGGAGUUUUUUUUUUUUGAAAUUGUCUCUCUAAAAACCGACGGCAACUGAAGGUGCUGGACAUGGCCAAUCACGACGCCGAUGAUGAUGAUGAUGCUGCUGCGAUGUGUGUGACCAAAUGAAGAGGUACCUUUCCAGUUGGGCGGGCUGACGACAGAGGAAGUGACCAGGGGUGCAGUCUUUCACAUUUGCCACAACUCUUUUUUUUUUUUUAAAUUGCUUUUUGCCUUUGGUUCUCAUGCCUUGAUGAGAUAGAAAAAUAGCAGCUUGGAAAGGAUGUCACAAGACUAUGUUCCACCUCUGUUUACAUCGCGGCUCAAAUGGGCCCGUUUUGGGGUUUUUUUAAAAAAUUGACAGUAGCAAACUUCUGCUCAGCCUAACCUGUUUACUCAGCGCAUGCCACAAAUGUUUGAGGGGUGGGGGGGGUUUCAUUGAUUGCACUUUUGGACUACAGACGGUACUCGUUAAAUGGUCCGAUUUUCAAGUUAGAAAACAUUUUUUUUCAGUGUGAAACUCCUGCUCGGCCUAAUAAGUGUAAGCGCCGUUUCCAAAUGGAGGACAUCAUUCGUCUUUCUCAGGAUUGAUUUCUUUUUUCCAUGUGAACCCAUCCCAAAGGUAAAAGAAUUGACAACCGAUAUUUGCCAAUAUUUGGUAGAUCACACUGUUGUUUCGAAAAAGUUUCACAUUGAAAAAAAGGACUUUGAACUUGUAUUUUGUGAACUUUGAAGUGGGUCGACUCGGCCCGACGCCGAACUGUGUCGCUCGCGCUUCCACGAUAAGCUACGCGGCCGCUUUUGAGAAACGUCCGUUGAAGGUGAAGAUACUUUCCUGUUGUUUGAUUUUCGGUGUCGCUGUCAUUGAGCACUUCCACGACCAGCCAAAUCGGGUGUUUUUGUUGGGGGGGGGGGGGGGGUUCUUCUGUGAAUGAAUAUUGAGCCGGUGACUUCCCAGUAAGGAGAAGAAGAAAACAUGUCAGACGUUGCUGUUGUUGCGCUCGCUAAAUGAACCUGCCAGCGUCGGUUCAGGACUUGAAAGACAAAACGCGUCCGCUCUUGUGACUUGGUGUACUGAAGUCCUGUUUUUUUUGGGGGGGGGGGCUUCCAAUGUUGUUUGUUUGUUAUUUGCUUUGGGUACAAUCAAAGAAAACACUAUCUUUAAGAAUGUUCAUUGUUUGUUCGGCCAUUUUGUUUCACGUCUCAGGUACUUUGGCUUGAUUGUUGGUCCAAAAAAAAAAAAAAGUCAUUUGUGCGGUUUUUAAAUGUUGAGUGGACAGAUUCUCCUGCCCUGGGGUCAAUACACCAUUAAAGAUAUCUUUUUAAA